AUGGCGUUUGGCCCUCGACUGCGAACCUGGGCGCUUUGCCUGGCCGUGCUCGCCAUCUGUGUGUAUGCUGCUCCACAGAGUGUGACAGCCGCAGACGCGGCCGAAAGCUUGAGCUUGGAACAGCUCGAUGACGAACUGCAGAGUUCGAGAUGGCCAUCAGCAGAGGAGGCUUCCUUGUGUGUAAUCGACGUGGUUGGUGGUUGGCGCGGCUGCUCACGAGGGGUCGCGUGCGGAGAGAGAGCCGACGUACGAGACCGAGCAGUGGAAGAAACGACACGAGAAACUCGCCCAAGGACACCGACUGACUCGCUCUACCAGGCCUGCUCCAUUGUACAGCAGCUCAACGCCGCCAAGGCGGCACAUCACGACGCGCAGCCCUCGUCGCUGACGACACGCCUCUUUGCCGUGCUCUUCCCCGGCUCGCCCGCCGUCAACGCGCUGCUCGCGACGCUUUACAUUUCCGGCCCGCCCAACUUCCUUCUCGCCCUGUGCCCGACCAACAUUGAUCCGGCCUCGCUGUCCGUCAUGGUGGCCUUUGCCGUCGGCGGCCUGCUCGGCGACACGCUCUUCCACCUGCUGCCCGAAAUCUUCGUUGGCGAGGACGACCCCACGCGCGCCACCUUUGUCCUCGUCGAGCCCAACCGCAACCUGAUCCUCGGCCUGGCCAUCAUGGUCGGCUUCCUGGUCUUUGUGGCCAUGGACAAGGGCCUGCGCAUCGCGACGGCAAGCAGCGGCGGCGGUGCUCAUGGCCACAGCCACUCGCACGCGCUGCCGCCGCCGCAAGACGUCGUGGCGGGAGCGGCAACGGGCGUGGACGCGGGUGCGGCGCGGGCAGGCGUCAAGGCACGCAAGGGAACCAAGGCCGCCAGUGAGGUGGUGGCUGUUGUGGAGGAGAAGAAGGAGAUUAAUCCGAGCGUCAAGCUCGGCGGCUACCUCCACCUCAUCGCCGACUUUACCCACAACAUCACCGACGGCCUGGCCAUGUCCGCCAGCUUCUACGCCUCCCCGACCAUUGGCGCCACCACCACCGUCGCCGUCUUCUUCCACGAGAUCCCCCACGAGGUCGGCGACUUUGCCCUGCUCGUCCAGUCGGGCUUCUCCAAGCGCGCCGCCAUGGGCUCCCAGUUCGUCACCGCUAUUGGCGCCUUCCUCGGCACCCUCAUCGGCAUCGCCGUACAAGAGUUUGGCGGCCCCGGCGUGGAGCAGACGACGGGCAUGCCCCGAAACGCCGGUCUCUGGGGCACCAGUCUGACCUGGGGCGAUAUGCUGCUUCCGUUCACGGCUGGUACCUUUCUCUACGUCGGGACCGUCGCCGUCAUUCCGGAACUGCUCGAGACAGGUCCCAACAAGUUGCAGGAGCUGCGCAAGACGCUCACCCAGUUUGCGGCUAUUGCCCUGGGUGCCGGUAUCAUGCUCUACAUCUCAUGGCAUGAUUAA